GCCAGCUAUGCUUGCUAUGUACCUUACACCUUCAGCUCUGUCCAAACUCACAAAAGAAAAGCAAGAAAUGAUGGUGUCAUGGUACAGAGAAGACCUCCAUCAGCCGGACUCCAUCAACCAGGAGAUUCACAGAUGGAAGGUAAAGAACCAACCUCAAAAAGCGCUGGCAUCGACAGCAAAAGAAACAUUGGAUGACAUUAUGGAAUACUACCCCAACAUCCGAUGUAUCCUCUCCAUCUACCUCACACUACCAGUGACCACCUGUUCCUGUGAGAGGUCGUUCUCUGCAUUGAGGCAGCUGAAGACCUGGCUACGAUCGAGCAUGGGCAAUGAGAGGCUAUCAGGACUUGCAAUGAUGCACGUGCAUAGAAACAGAGCACUGGAUCCUGAAAAAGUUCUCAGGCGCUGGGAUGCCUCUGGACACAGAAGGAUCGCAUUGGCGUUUGAUAAAAAGUGAGUCUACAUGGACAUGGUUGAACCCUGACAAAACACUGCCCUCUCUUCGGAUGAUCUCCACUGCCCUCUACAUGGAUCAGUGUGUUCCAGUUGUGACAACCCCUCCACCUGGGCACUAGGUGUCCCUGUUUCUUUUUUAUUGUGUUUUGCAAGUGAUGAAUGGAGGGUCAUCAGCCUACACCUGGGCCCGGUGUGCUCUGCUGUAUAAAUACCUCCCUCAUUCUGCAGUCUCGCUCUCUCCGAGGGAGAUCCCCUCUCCCCGGCAGGCAUGACGACAGUAUGUGGUUUUCUUUUGUGUUUUGUUCUUCAUAUACAUUGCCACACACUCAACAUGCUUUUCUUUACUG